AUGUCUGGAGUUUGGGUGUUCAAGAACGGCGUGGUGCGUCUGGUGGAGAAUCCAGGGGAGUGCACUCGGAAGAAGGUAUUGGUCCACGUGUCCUCCAAUGAGGUUAUUACAUCAUACGCAGUUUUGGAGAGGAUUUUGUUGUCCUUGGGAUGGGAAAGGUACUAUGAGGACCCUAACCUUUUGCAAUUUCAUAAAACCUCCACAGUUCACCUCAUUUCACUUCCUAAGGAUUUCUGCAAGUUCAAGUCCAUCCACAUGUACGAUAUUGUCGUCAAGAAUCGCAAUCAAUUCGAAGUUCGAGAUCUUUAA